UCAAGAAGCAGAACGCUGUUUUGUGUUGGUGUUAAUUUAUGUUCCCCGGUUUGUGAACAAAAGUGCGUUUUACUUUGAAGCACCGGGAGAAAAUAUGGCUGCCCAAAUUGAUGGCGUUCUCGAGUCGGGUUUGCAGCAGAAAAUAAGAGAAUCGAAGGUGCUGGUUGUCGGUGCCGGUGGAAUAGGGUGUGAAAUAUUGAAAAACCUUGUACUAACAGGAUUCGAGGAUAUAGAGAUCAUUGAUCUGGAUACGAUUGACGUGAGCAAUCUUAAUCGUCAAUUUUUGUUCCACAAGGAGCAUGUCGGAAAAUCCAAGGCAAACGUUGCUCGGGAAAGUGCGCUCACGUUCAAUCCGAACGCCAACAUAAAAGCAUACCAUGAUAGUAUUACGACCAAUAGUUAUGGCGUAAAUUUCUUUCAACGAUUCUCGAUUGUGCUGAACGCGCUGGAUAAUCGUGCCGCGCGUAGCCAUGUCAAUCGGCUGUGCCUGACGGCCGAUGUUCCGCUGAUCGAAUCGGGUACCGCCGGAUACAACGGUCAGGUCGAGCUGAUCAAGCGUGGUCUCACACCGUGCUACGAGUGUAGCCCGCAGGCGGCCCAGAAAACAUUCCCGGGCUGUACAAUUCGAAACACACCAUCCGAACCGAUUCACUGCAUCGUUUGGGCGAAGCAUCUGUUCAAUCAAUUGUUUGGUGAGAGUGCCGAAGAUGAAGACGUUUCCCCGGAUACGGCUGAUCCGGAAGCCGGUGCCGAGGUUGGUAAGGCAGCGCUCGACAAGGAAGCAAACGAAAAGGGCAACGUUGAUCGUGUUAAUACGCGCACCUGGGCAAAGGAAUGUCAGUACGAUGCGGAAAAGGUUUUUAACAAACUGUUCUUCGACGAUAUCAAGUAUCUGCUAACCAUGUCGAAUCUGUGGAAGAAUCGCAAUCCACCCAAACCUGCUAAGUGGGAUACUGUGCAAGAAGACGCCAAGGAGGAAGAUGCCAUCGUGGAUAGUGUUGCACGGGAUCAGAAGGUGCUUAGUAUGGCACAGUCGGCAAAGCUGUUUGGCGAAAGUAUUAAAGCGCUGGAAGCCGCACUCGGUAAACUACCGGACGGGGAUCAUCUCGUGUGGGAUAAGGACGAUAAGGAUGCGAUGGACUUUGUGGCCGCGUGUGCCAAUAUUCGGGCACAAAUUUUCGACAUUCCCAGAAAGAGUCGGUUCGAAAUUAAGUCUAUGGCCGGCAACAUUAUACCAGCGAUCGCAACUACUAACGCCAUCACAGCCGGCAUUGUCGUCAUGCGCGCGUUCCGUGUGCUACAGCAAGAGUUUGAAAAGUGCAAAACAGUCUACGUACGACUUCGCGUAAAUCAUCGCAACCAUUUCAUCGUAUCGGAAAAAAUCAUCAUUCCACCGAACCCGAAAUGUUACGUUUGUGCCGCCAAACCGGAGGUCGUUCUGAAGCUCGACACAAAAAAGCUGACGGUGCGUGAACUGCGUGACGAUAUACUGAUCAAAGUACUCAAUAUGAUCAGUCCGGAUGUGACGCUGGAUGGUGCAAAUUCGAUCGUAAUUUCUUCUGAAGAGGGAGAAACCGAUUGCAACAACACUAAAACACUAGAGGAGAUGAAGAUUGUGGAUGGGUGCAUCUUGAAGGUGGACGAUUUCCUUCAAAACUACGAACUGAGCAUUACGGUACUGCACAAGGAUCCGGGCCGUGAGGAGGCACCUUUCGAGAUCGUUGCCGAUGUGGAAUCGUUGAAACCGAAGGAAGCGGAAGACGAAACCACACAAUCGACGGCUGGACCUUCUUCUGCAGACGAUGAUGCCCCACAACCAUCGACAUCGAAAGGUGUUAACGGGUCGGCGAAUGGUAAGAAACCUACCCAGGUUCAAGAUAGUGACGAUGAUCUGUACAUAGUCGAGGAGGAAGAGGAGCAGAAUGUUGAAGGCCGUCCAUCCACCUCGGAGGCAUCCACGAGCAAGGCGAGCGUGGAGAAACGAAAGCACGCACCGGAAGAGGAUGAACCAGCUACCAAGAAGGUGAAAGUGGCAUCCACUUCGCAACCGGCAGAUGAUGAUGAUGAUCUGAUCAUGUUGGAUUAG